UGUAUUUUAGAAACACGCAUACGAUGUAUGAAUUCGAAGUCACAUGAUAUAAAGAUGGCGGCUGCCAUGGACGCUUGGCUGUGUCUAGUGGUAUCUAUGUUGUUUUGUGCAGUGUCUGCUGGUCUACCGGUCGUUGUCAACACAUGGCCGUUUACCAACGCCACGAUGGGAGCAUGGACACGUCUGUACACUCAGAAGGGCAGCAGUGUUGAUGCUGUGGUUGCUGGAUGUCAAGUCUGUCAGACACAGCAGUGCGAUGGUACAGUUGGCUACGGUGGAGACCCUGACGAAGGAGGAGAGGUCACUCUUGAUGCUAUGAUUAUGGACGGGAAGACAAUGGAUGUUGGAGCAGUGGGGUGUAUACGUCGUGUGAAAGAUGCUAUCGGUGUGGCAAGGGCAGUGAUGGAUCACACAGGUCACACACUGCUGGUAGGCGAGCUAGCCACAAAGUUUGCUGUUGAAAUGGGAUUCAAGGAAGAAAAUUUAUCUACAUCUCGUUCAGAUAAAAUUUAUCACGACUGGAAAAAUAACAAUUGCCAGCCAAACUUUAGAAAGGAUGUCACACCAGACCCCACAAAGCACUGUGGACCGUAUGGAUCAGUGAGGCAGAACUACACUCACACCAAGAGAGAUAACUCUCGUAAGAGAUACGGCGUGGAGAGGAGAAAUCACGACACUAUAGGGAUGGUGGCUAUUGAUGCUGAUGGACAUAUCGCUGCAGGAACGACUACAAAUGGGUUAAAUCAUAAAAUCCCAGGGAGAGUGGGAGACUCGCCUAUCAUGGGAGCAGGGGCAUAUGCCCGGAACGGAGUGGGAGGAUCAGCGUCGACCGGGGACGGAGAUGUCAUGAUGAGAUUUCUACCCUCAUUUAAUGCUGUUAACUUGAUGUCAUUGGGUGUAGACCCAAACACUGCUGCAGAGAAAAGUCUUGUUCCUAUCAAAACAUUCUACCCGACAUUUAGUGGAGCAGUAAUUACAGUCAAUCACGAAGGCAUCGUUGGAGCGGCCUGCCAUGGUUUUGCAGUGUUCCAGUAUUCGGUAGUUGAUGUCGCAUCACAAGGUGUCCACGUUCGUUAUAAGAAUUGUUCCAACUAAACCUUCUACUGUAGAAAUUUAACAAAAGCUCUGAUGUAAACAUUGAAACUGUUUAAUUUGAUGCAAUUAUUGUUUGGAGGUAGAAAUCUUGAUAUUUUUAUACUGGGGUGAUAUUUGUUUUUGUAGUCAUGAUGAAUUUCAUUUUCGUGUAGUUUUCAAUGGAUCUGUGAUAUAUAUUUUGUGAGAAGUCACCACUAGGAUGGAGAGUAAGAAGGGGAGUAGAGCUAACUGAAUUAAGAUCAGGGAAUGAUGAUAAACCUGAAAACCCCACUCCACAUCAGUAAAGAGUAGAUAGAGUUUUUAUUCCUUAAUAAUUUGAGGACAAUUUGUUUGCUAUUAGUUUUAAGAACAUUUUAUUGUUGAAGUCUAGAAUGAUGGUCAAAAAUGUAUUCCUGAUGGAGAUUUUGUCUCCAAUUGAAGAUGUCCAAACAUUUUCUGAUGUUAUAAGAUCUAUUAGUGUAACCUAUCUGUAAAAAAGAUAUAUAAAUAACUAUACAACAUUUGAUAUAACGCCCUAUCUAGCUAGAAUAAGCCACCCUAAAGUGCU